UGAUCAGAAGGAAAAGCAAAACAAAGGUUUGUGAAACAAGUUUGUGUGGCAGUAACCUCCAACACGGCUGGACUGAUGGAAAUGCAAAUGAGCCCUAACCAGGUCGAAAGAAUCCGAUAGCUUCGGUCCGCCCAUUCUUCAGUCUGAAAAUGUGCGGCAAUCCGAACACGCGUCUGCUUUCGCGGCUAGUCAUCGACUUCCUGAUUCUUCUGGGGAUCUAUGGAGCGGCCCUGGUGGUGCUCCCCCAGCAGAUGGCGACGGCCCAGCGGGGCUUCCACUGCAGCGAUGCCAGCCUGAAGUAUCCCUAUCGCCAGCCCUGGCUGACCAAGGUCCACCUGACGAUCGCGGUGGUGGCCCUGCCCGCGGCCUUCGUGCUCGUGGUGGAGAUGCUCCGGGCCGCCGUGGUGCCCAGCUCCGCGGAGCUGAAGCAGCGCUUCGUCUUCGUGGGCGUCCGCAUCCCCAGCUUCAUUAGCGAGUGCUACAAAGCCGUGGGCGUGUACCUCUUCGGCCUGGGCCUGACCUUGCUGGCGAUUCGGCUGACCAAGCACUCGACGGGCCGCCUGAGGCCCUACUUCCUCGACGUCUGCCAGCCGACGUGGGGCGAGGAGGGCGGCGAGGGCUGUUCCGGGCUGUCCGCGGAGAACUCCACCCUCUACCUCGAGGACUUCAGCUGCACCGAGUUCGCCGCCUCGCAGGACCUGCUCGCCCUGGUGCGGCACUCCUUCCCCAGCGGCUUCGUGUCCAGCUCAUGCUACGCCAUGGGCUUCCUGAUCCUCUACGCCCAGGCCCGCCUCUUCGCCCCCUGGCUGCGAUUGGUGCGGGCCACGCUGCAACUGGCCUGCGGCUCGCUGGCCCUAGUGGUCUGCUGGGAGCGCAUCUCCACCUACCAGAACCACCUGACGGACGUGGCGGCGGGCGCGGCCCUCGGCUCUCUGAUGGCCCUCUUCGCCACGGUCUCCGUGGCCCACUUGUUCGCGGAGGUGCGGGUGAAGCGCCGGCAGUGGCCGAGGAACGAGCAGAUCUACGGCUACGCGGGGUACUACAGCAGAGCCACCUACGGCUACUGAUCUGGGAGGGGUUGGCUUUGCUACAUUUAGACACGCUAAUAAAACGCUUUUAAUUUAUUAACGCAGUUGGUGGUUAGUUAAUUGUAAAGGCAGGUUCCAGUAUCGGGACUUUAAUUGCUUAACGGCUUCUGUGUCGAUUCUUGCUUAUUGGAUUUGAUC